CCUAGGCGCAUGCGCAUUGCAAAGCAUUCCUGACGACGCACUACUAACAGUUUUGACAGUUGUAAAAGUAACAGUCAUCAUGGCCCAAAUUCAAAUUAAAGAAGGCGAAUUUACGUCAACCAUAUAUGGAAUGAUCAAAGACCAGAGGUUUAGCGAAGCUGUGCAGGUGUUGAACACUCAGUUACAGACUCAUCAGAGGUCCAGGGCAGCCCUGUCCCUUCUUGGCUACUGCUACUACCAGAAGCAGGACUUUGUAAACGCCUCUGACUGCUACGAACAGCUGUCUAUCAUGCACCCAGAGAUAGAGGACUACAAGCUGUACUACGCACAGGCCCUCUACAAGGCCUGCCUGUACCAGGAGGCAAUGAAGGUUGCCUGUCAGAUGGAUAUCCCUGCCAGGCAGGCUGAGGUGGUCAAACUUCAAGCUGCCAUAAAAUAUGGUGAAGAAGAUUUGCCUGGAGCUAAGAGUCUUGUUGAGCAAUGUCCCACAGAUGAUCCGGACACAGAAAUCAACCUGGGUUGCCUGCUGUUUAAGGAGCACAGGUACCAGGAGGCGUGUCAGAAGUUCACCACGGCUAUCCAGAUACUUGGGUUCAAGCCUGACCUGGCCUACAACAUCGCCCUGUGUCACUACAUGAUGAAGAAGUAUGCCCCAGCCCUCAAGCACAUUGCCGACAUUAUAGAGAAAGGCAUAAAAGAACAUCCAGAGUUGAGCGUCGGCAUGACAACUGAGGGUAUCGAUGUCCGCAGCGUCGGUAACUCACUGACUCUCCAUGAGACAGCCCUGGUGGAGGCUUUCAACCUCAAGGCUGCCAUCGAGUACCAGCUGAAGAACUCAAAUGCAACUCUGAGAGGGGAUACAAAUGCAGGUGAGUAUGUUGAGGCGGCGUGCGAGGCCCUGACCGACAUGCCGCCACGUGGAGAGGAGGAACUGGAUGCAGUCUCCCUCCACAACCAAGCACUCAUGAACAUGGACCAGGACCCGACCCAGGGCUUUGAAAAACUGCAGUUCCUCCUGCAGCAGAACCCCUUCCCACCAGAGACGUUCGGCAAUCUGCUGAUACUAUAUGUGAAAUAUGAGUACUAUGAUUUGGCUGCAGAUGUUCUGGCAGAAAAUGCUCAUCUGACAUACAAGUUCUUGUCAUCAUACCUGUAUGACUUCCUGGAAGCCGUUAUCACAAGGCAGACGUCCCCUGAAGAGGCGUACAGGAAGCUAGAUGAGAUGGCCACCAAGCAGACAGAAACUCUCCGCAAACUCACCAAACAGGUGCAAGAAGCCAGGACCAAUCAUGAUGAUGAGGCAGUGAAGAAAGCUGUGAAUGAAUAUGACGAAGCUCUGGAAAGGUACAUCCCAAUCCUGAUGCAGCAGGCUAAGAUCUACUGGGACAUGGAGAACUACCAGCAAGUUGAGAAGAUCUUCAGGAAGUCAGUAGAGUUCUGUAAUGAGCAUGACACAUGGAAGCUCAACGUGGCCCAUGUGCUCUUCAUGCAGGAGAAUAAGUACAAGGAGGCAACGGGCUUCUAUGAACCAAUUGUCAAGAAAAACUAUGACAACAUUCUGAACGUCAGUGCUAUAGUCCUGGCCAACCUGUGUGUAGCCUAUAUCAUGACCAGCCAGAAUGAAGAGGCUGAGGAGUUGAUGAGGAAGAUCGAGAAGGAGGAGGAGCAGGUGGCCUAUCAGGACCCGCAGAAGAAGAUUUACCAUCUGUGUAUUGUCAACUUGGUCAUUGGUACGCUGUACUGCGCGAAGGGCAACUACGAGUUUGGCAUUUCCCGCGUGAUCAAGAGCCUGGAGCCGUACAACAAGAAGCUGGGCACCGACACCUGGUACUAUGCCAAGCGAUGUUUCCUCUCGCUGAUCGAGAACAUGUCGAAGCACAUGAUAAUGAUGCGUGACGCUGUCGUGCAGGAGUGCAUUCAGUUCCUGGAGUGCUGCGAAAUGUAUGGUCGGGAGGUGAAGGCCCUUAUAGAGCAGCCCUUAGAGGCAGAGCCCAUGCACCCUGGGAAGAACACAGUCACAUACGAGGCCCGCCUGCUCAAGGGCCUGCUGCUGCAGCUGAUUUAGGGGCCACCAGGGGCCUACAUGUGGCCUACCUUGGCAGAUUUUAACCAUUUCCUGCUCAAAUAACCACUUUACUUUGAUCUGUUCUAGUCUAGUAGAAAAUCAAAUAUAAUUAAAGACCAUCCUAACUAUAAUAUAUAAGUUUUAAGGCUUUCAUUUUCCAAGCCCAAUGUACUAACGAGCUGCAAUCAGUAUAAAACCUGAACAGACU